AUGAACAUACUGAGUAGUGUGGAGCUCAUAACACUUUGCGGUAGUUCAUGUCAAGAUGACCUCAGGGGUCUCAGGACGACGAUUAAGUCGUCUUGCACUUCGAGUAACGACGUGGUAAUGCCCGGGGGUAUUAUCUACCCAGCUACAUUCUUAGUAGAUCGCUUCAUUUACGCUGCAGAACUAUCAUGCCUAAAAGAUUCAAACACCGGGGAAUACUGCGACUUGGUCGUCGCUACUUGGUUGAAUCAGACAGAUCAACAUACCACCAUCCAGAACUGCUCUGAGUGUGAGUUAGCCCUCCAAGCCAAGCAACUAGCGUCGCCAUUUGGGUUCAGCGAAGAAGCUGCUUCGGAAUUUGCCUCCACUACAUCAAGCUGUCAGGCCAGUCAAUAUAUGUACUCGAUUCCAACACAAUACGGACUGAACGCAACGAUAACUGCUCCCUUGAGGCCGGCCUGCGCUGAUAAUACCUCAUAUAUAAUUAGGGAUGGAGACAGCUGUAAUUCGAUUGCUGGAGCAAAUAAUAUUUCGACUGAGUCCCUGAUUUCCCUGAAUGGGAUUGACUUAGCUUGCAACACUAUGCCAGCUGUAGGGACGACGAUUUGUUUACCUACAACUUGCAAGAUUCGUGAGCUUGCUGUUAAUGAUACAUGUGGAUUAAUCACAGCAGAUGAAAAUAUCACCAUCGGUCAGUUGCUAGCCUGGAAUCCAAUUAUCAGCCCUGGAUGCGCGAAUCUCAAUUCUUGGAGGGGUCGGUUCCUUUGUGUCAGCUCUCCCCGAGGAACCGUCGUCGUCCCAAACGGGAAUGCCGUUACUACUACAGCGCCUCUCCCUACAAAUAAACAAAGCCAAUCGAAUCUCGUUUGUGGGAAAUGGUACACUGUUCAGCCUGAUGAUAGUUGCGCUAUUAUUUCAUUGUCCUUCGGUAUAUCCCUAGCAGACUUCUAUUUCUUAAACCAGCAGAUCGAUGCACCUAACUGCACCAACCUCUGGCUCGGAUAUGCCUACUGUGUUAAGGCCGUGGGAAAUAUCGAAACGUACCCGGGGUAUAGCAUCACUACACCGCUCACGACAUUUACACGACCUCCGCCACUGACUUUGACUACUACGGCGGUGGCAUUGCCGAGCUUGCUUCCGCGUGCACUGGGGACAAUAGAUGGCUGUUUUUACUACGAAGAUGCAUGGGAUACGGACGUCGUAGCUAAAAUACCAGAUAUGAAUUCUUGUAAGAAUUGGGCCAGUGCCGGUGAUGUUACUGUCGCUGAGCUAAUAGUAUGGAACCCGAGUUUGAGUGCAGAGAAUUGUGUACUUCAGUCAGGGAAAAGCUACUGUAUUCAGAAAGAGGAUAUAUCCAUGAUAGGGUCUGACCCCGACCCUGAUACAGAGCCUGAGCCUGACACCCCUAUUUCUACCCCUCAUUCUAUUUCCACUUUCCCGACAGAAACAGCACCGUCUACUACUACCGGUACCAGUAUGGCACCCCCAUCACCUACUCAGCCGGGAGCUAUCACCACGUGCAAGGUCUGGCACACCGUGAUAGCGGGUGAUGGAUGCUGGGCUAUUGCAAACGGUGCCGGAAUCUCGGUUGAUGACUUUUACAAAUGGAAUCCAGGUGUCGGAUCGGAUUGCUCGGCUUUAUGGCUUGGAUAUGCCGUUUGCAUCGGGAUUUAA